AUGACAGCGGCAAGUCAUAAGGGGUGCGGCAAGUUCCAAGUGCGGCAAGUUCAAGAGCGUCAAGCGGAUUCGUUGCUGGAACUCAAGGGCAGUGGAGUGAAAAUGAGGCACAGGAAUAAGGUCAGUGUUUCCGAAAGUCCUGGGGCAACUGAUAGUAUUCGCACAACUACUGAUUCUGGGUAUCAAACAACGGGUCCUGGAAAUGAACAAUCAUCCAGAAGUUCAGAUUCGCCCAUUUACGACCUCAUAACGGAAAACGGAAGCUCGCCGGAGCCAGAUUUCACCUUUGAUAGCACGGGAUCAGUUUUGUCCGACGAGAUUCUUGAGGCUUGCAAGCUGCCAUUUCUUAGAUCCCCCGAAAGAAAAGGACACAAUUACAAGGAAACGAGCAGAGUGAAUGAAGGGGCAACAGCAAUGGCAUCUCCCUUUAUUGGCAAUAACCUGAUGAGAAGACGGUAUGACCAGCAGGAGUCGUCCGAUGAAAAUGAGGACCAUAAGUCCGAGAGCAUCAGUGCGAGUGCCACCUUGGAAAUGGAGGAGCAAUUGAAAGGCAUGACCCAGUUGCUGGAGAUGAAGGGGGUCAUUAAUGCAAAAAAGAGCACUCAGGAUAAGAUUUUCCUCUUGCUGUUGGAAGCCCUUCCAGCACUUUUUUUGUUAUCUCUGUACCUCAUUCCUAGACCGCACUACAAUCCAGACAAAUCUUUAGGAUGA